AUGUCCAACUUCACCCGCUCCGUCAUUGUAACCGGAGGUACGACGGGCCUGGGUUUCCACGCCGCAGCAGCGAUCGCUCGCCAACGGCCAGACCACUGCAUCGUCAUAGCGUCGCGCAAGAACGCAGAUGGGAGUGCGGAAUCUAUCAAUCGGAGCGUUGGCAGAGACAAUGUGCGAUUCAUGCCUCUAGAUCUGGGAGAUGUGAAGAACGUCCGAUCGUUUGUCCAGAGCUGGGGCGAGAAAAGCCUGCCACCGAUCUCGGUCCUCCUGCUGAACGCGGGGAGCCAAUUCCCCUUUGACAUCAAGUACACGGCGGACGGGUUCGAGGCGAGCUUCGGCAUCAACCACGUCGGCCACGCGCUGCUAUUCUCCCUCCUGCAGCCGUACCUGGCAGACGAGGUGCGCAUCGUCGUCACGGCUAGCGGCACGCACGACCCGAUGCAGAAGACGGGCAUGCCCAACGCGAAGUACACGAGUGCCGAAGACCUGGCCCACCCUUCUGGGGACGCACUCAAAAUCCCAGGCCGGCAGCGCUACACGACCAGCAAGCUGUGCAACGUCCUCUGGACGUACGCUCUCGACCGCCGCGUGCGACGACUUCCCCAGAAGAAAUGGACCGUCGUCGCGUUCGACCCGGGCCUCAUGCCCGGCACCGGUCUCGCCAGACAGUACCCGGCGCUCCUGCGCUUCAUGUGGAAGCGUGUCCUCCCCGCACUGAUCCCGCUGCUGCGCCUCGUCGUGUCUCCGAACAUCCACAGGGCAGAGGAGUCGGGUGCCUCUUUGGCAUGGGUGGCUCUCGACGACGCAGUGAAGGGCACGAGCGGCGUGUAUUUCGAGGGGAAGAAGCAGAUCAAGUCGAGCGUGGAUAGUUAUGACGAGGCGAAGCAGGAAGAGCUGUGGUCGUGGACGCUCAAGACUCUGGCGGUUGAUGAGCAGGAGAGACGCCGGUUUGAAGUUGUCGAGUGA